AUGGCUCCCGCAGAACCGCCGCCCAUAUUCGACCUCAUCUCCCUCUCCAACCUCGUCAUCGAAGUGCGCAUCGCUGCACGCCCGGACGCAGCGGUGAACAAAGAGCUCGCGGAUGCUUCCAGAAUGCUGGCAUCUCUGUUGAGGUCGCCACCGAAGCGCGUCGUCGUGGACAUCAAGAUAUACCCCGAGGAUCCUGGCGAACCUGGCAUAUUGUGGUGGCCGACGCGUCUCCGCGACGGUUUCGCGGCGUUGAAACGCGCACUUGGCGAGCUCGGCGACACGGUGUUGCACCCGAUGCAAAUCCGGAUCGUGCAAGGACAGCCGGGAGGAGGCGAAGCAGUAGAGGAGAUGCGGGUAAUCUUCCCCGACGAGGACGUUAGUACCGAGACUCUGGCGCAGAAGCGGUAG